AUGUCAAUCACAGCAGCUCCAGCCCAUGAUGUCUCGUCACAAGGAUCCCCUAAUCUGCCCUAUGUACUAGCCCGACACUCCAGUCAAGACUGCUACUUCGACAUUAAACUCACCCAAGUCGAAUCAACGACUUUCCACGCGCAGCCCGCACAAAAACUGGAGUUCAAGCUCGACCUCGCGCGGCCAUUCAGCGUAGCCAAGCGCAUCCGUUCAGCUCGGGUCUCUAUUGAAGUGAGUGGAGGAACAGUGUCCAAAAGGUCACCUAGGGUAAUGGGCAUCAAUCCCGAGGCAAGUCUGGUCAAGAUUGCCGACCAGGAGGUUACGAGAGGACAGAGCCUGGGCCUCACAACAGGUACAUCGCCCGCGGCUCCAGGAUCCCUCAGUCUGAGUGGAAAUUUAUCUUUUGGGCAAAAGACCUCGUUCGCGGGUAACAGGCUGAUCCACGGCUUCAUGGUGUCCGAGAGCAGAGCCCAAUGGAAGAUGUACGAGGAGCCCAACAGCAAGAGUGGCCUCCCGCCGUCCUUGUCGCUGCUCAUGAUCGUCGAGAGCGACGAGGACUUCCGCGUCAGUGCCGAGCUAUGCGUUCUCCGCUGGAGCGGCUGGGGCUCGCUCGGCAUGGUGAGGAGCAUUCCGGCGCCUCUGCCAAACGAAAUUCGAAGCGACUAUCUCGUGCGAAAUAAGCCGGUUGGACUUCUGGGCAACGUCGCGCUCAAGGCACAAGACGACAUCACGACGUUUUUGAAGGAGAGCGAACACAAAAUGCAGAUUCUCGAGGACAUUGUCAACAAGCUAUUCCCGCAGCUGAUAGAAGAGGUUCCGCAGGUGCAGUACAAGGCUGUGCUGCUGUUGUGGGAACGGGGACAUCUGUACCGCACCACGCAGAUCAACGUCCCCCUCUCCCCCGAUAUCUUCCCGCUCGGGCGGGAAACGAAUGCACAAUCGUCAGAGACGAACGGAAUCUUUGAAGCGAUGACAAUAUCCCAGCGCCAUGCGGAACUAUCGGCCACGAAGAUGGGUAAAGUCUUCAUCAGAGAUGUGGGAUCCCAAAAUGGGACAUUCGUCAACGGCCAGCGCCUGUCGCCGGCCGGACAAACCUCGGAGCCUCGCGAGCUCCGACAGCGCGACAAAAUCGACUUUGGAGUCACUGGUUCCACCGGCAGCGCCGAGAGGAGGAGGAGGGAGGAGAAUGAGAAGGAAGAAGAGGAGGGGGAGCAAUCGGGCUUGUCGGUCACAGUCGAGUUUGCUGGCUUCCCCGACCCCUCGAACGAGUCCCUAGACCUCUCCUCGGUGCAGGCGGCCACCAAACCCGACGAACAGCAACUCGAACUCGCGCUGGCGCGAGAGGCCGAGUCCGGACGGUACAUUGAGGAGAAGUUCCGGGUGUGGCGGUCCGGGACCACGAAUGAGGACCAGCUCGCCGUGAUUGAGGCGUUGGAGGACCUCACCUACCGUCGCCGGGACCGGCGGUAUCAGACUCUGCGUGUGGAACCGCCGCGGCGAGAUGAUGAUAGUAGUACCGUCGAUUACCGCCAGAACCGCCGCAGGGACUACGAGGCGGAAGACGAUGAGCCGGUGUUCGUUCGAGCAGCAGCUCCGCCGGCAAAAUUCGCUAAGCCAUGGUACCCUCAGGAGCGCCGAGGUGGAGGAGUGGAACGUAUGCUGUUCAGUCGGGCGACGGGCGAGGAUGCUCUGGCGACGCAUCAAGCUGUCGGGACGGGGUGGACUGAGGCAAAGUUGGCUUAG